ACAAAGGUUUCCGACAUCGAGUCGGUGGCGCGUGCGGUUCUACCAAAGUUCUAUGCACAUGACUUGCACGUGGAGACUUGGAGGGUAUUUUCGUCAUGUGGAAAACGGUGCGUUUUAACAGCAAACCCAAGAAUCAUGGUAGAACCAUUUCUGAAGGAGUUCUUAGGCGCUGACGUAGUCAUCGGAACUGAAAUUCACACAAUCGGCCGGCGAGCCACCGGCCUGAUUCAAAGUCCUGGAAUCAUUGUGGGAAAAAACAAGGCUACGGCGGUGGGGGAAAUCCCAACGCCGGAUAUUGGGAUCGGUGACCGGAAAACUGAUUACCCCUUUAUGAAGCUCUGCAAAGAGGGGUAUGUGGUUCCGGCGAAGCAGGAGGUUAAGCCGGUCACCGUCGAUAAAUUGCCUAAACCAAUCGUGUUCCACGAUGGGCGACUGGUUCAAAAGCCGACGCCGUUAAUGGCGAUGGUUUUAGUUCUAUGGAUUCCAGUCGGGUUUGUUCUUGCUUGCUUGCGGAUUGCUGCCGGUUCUCUCCUCCCGAUGCCGAUUGUGUACUAUGCCUUUUGGGCUCUUGGCGUUCGGGUCAAAAUCAACGGUACACCACCACCUCCGGCGAAGAAAUCCACCGGCCAAACCGGCGUCCUCUUCAUUUGUUCUCAUCGAACCCUUCUCGAUCCAAUCUUCCUCUCAACCGCUCUCGGCCGUCCAAUCCCCGCCGUGACAUACUCAAUCUCCCGCCUCUCGGAGAUCAUUUCUCCCAUCAAAACCGUCCGCCUGAGUCGCGACCGAGCGGCCGACGCCGCAAUGAUCAAGAACUUACUCCAAGAAGGCGACUUAGCAAUUUGCCCAGAAGGGACGACAUGUCGGGAGCCAUUCCUGCUCCGAUUCUCAGCAUUGUUCGCAGAGCUAACAGACGAGAUCGUUCCAGUGGCGAUGUCGAACCGAAUGAGCAUGUUCCACGGGACGACAGCGAGAGGGUGGAAAGGGAUGGACCCGUUUUACUUCUUCAUGAACCCAAGUCCGGUCUACGAAGUGACG